CUUAUCAGACGCAAAAAAUAUUUUUUUCAUCACACACGUAUACUUCUGGUUGAACUUUAGGAUUUACGGUUAAGGGUUUUGCUGAACAAGAAAAACCAACAAAAAUGAUGGGUUUGAUUUCUUGUUACAGUGAAUUAUCAGUUCAACUGUCUCAAAAAUCAUCAUGUUCAAAUCACAAGAAUGUUUCAAAUUCGGUUUCUCAAAAGAAACUGAAUUUAACCGGGUCGAUCCAAACCGCCACUACGAAUAUAUACAAAACCACCUUAUCCACCGGCAGCCACCACCUGAUCACCGUCACGUGGUGCCGGAACGCCACAACACAAGGCCUUCAAAUAAGCUCCGGCGACGACCCCACCACGGUUUUCCGGUUAAACACGAAUUCAAGAUUGUUUCGGAAAAAACGAGGUACCAAAGUGUUUGAAACGGUCAAUAACUCAAAGUUCGAGGUUUUCUAUGAUCUUUCAACAGCGCAGUACGGCCCCGGCGCAGAACCUGUUGAGAAGUACUAUGUUUUAAUCAUGGUUGAUUCAGAACUGGGGUUGUUCCUAGGAGACAUGUCGGACGACGCCGUUUUGAAGAAAGUCAAAAUGCAGAAACAAAAUGUGAAGUUUUAUUUAGUUUCACGGAAGGAGUAUAUUUACGGAAAUACCCUUUAUUCUACAAAGGCUCAGUUUUCUGAUGCCGGAAGUUUGCAUGAUGUUGUGAUCCGGUGCACCGGAGAAGGUGACGGUGUGAAGAAUAAUCCGACGUUAUCGGUUUGUAUCGAUAAACGGGUCGUGAUUCGGGUUAAGAGGCUACAGUGGAAUUUUAGGGGGAACCAGACCAUAGUUGUUGAUGGGUCAUCGGUUGAUCUAAUGUGGGAUGUUCAUGAUUGGUUUUUCGGUUCCGGGUCCGGAUCCGGGACCCGGACCGGGUCGGGCCAUGCGGUUUUUUUGUUUAGAACAAGAAACGGGGUGGAUAGUAGGUUAUGGUUGGAAGACAAGGUGAGGACUAAAGAUGAGAUGAAAGAAUUUUCCUUGUUAGUUUACGCGACCAAAAGUUAGAAAGAAGUGAAUACAUACAUCUUGUAAAAAUUAUAAUUAUUUUUGUGUUUUAUUUUCCUUUUUUUUAAAACAAGUUUUUUUCUUAUGUUUACACAUACUUUGUGUAUUAUUUUCCUUUAAAAAAAGUUUUUCUUAUGUUUACA